AGGAACCAAUGACAGAGCAGGGAGAUAGUGCGGGCGCGUUCGCACGUGUGUGUCAGAUAGUGUUGUAUAUUUGGAAUAAUAAACGAUAAUGUUUUAGAGAAUUACAUGCGUACAAGUACGUGUGUUGUUUGGUAUAGUGUUGUGAUUGUCCAACGAUACAAUCUUAGGUCACUAUUCUUUGUGGUGAUAUCGCCGUUUUGCGGUUUGCUUUUGAGGUUAGAAGAACGAUUCUCGUCGUAUUGCCACCUAUUACUUUUGAUUUAUCGUAUAUGGAAUAUUUAAAGAGACCAGGAAAUCGGACAAUACAAUUUGGGUACAACAAAGUUGUGGCUAGUAACAUCCGAUGACGUAUUCUUGAAGGAGAGGGACGAAGAAAAAAAUACAAAACAAAGAAAUAGAAGGAGAGAAAACUAUAUAUAUAUAUGUAUAUUUAUACAUAUAGGUACAUACUCGGCUGCAUAGGUAAAAGCAGAGCGAGUGAGUGUAUGAGAGAGAGAAAAAUAGAGAGUGUGCGUACGCGAGUGAGAAAGAGAAAAAACGGUGGAAUAAGGAAAGGAUGAUGAUGUUGAGGGGGGGAAUUGGUAGCGAUAGAGUGGGGGGAAAAGAGAGAAAGAGAAAGACGGUUUCUUGUCAAAUGCGCGGGCUUUUUUCCGGGUGUGGUAUGUGCGUGUGGUAAACACCCCUUAAUCGGUACAACAUCGACGAAGAAAAAGAGAGGGAAAAUGCGAGUUAACGAAAGAAAAAGACAAACGUAUAUACGAAAGAGAGACGACACAUUGACGACGACGACGACGAGUUUGACGAGUGCAGGAGAUGGUAAAAUAGCUAGAACGAGAGAGAAAGAGAUAGAAUGAGCAUGAGCGUUAGAGCAGCAGCAGCGUGAGUAUGAGUGAGUGAGUGAGUAGUGAGAAUAUAUACACAUUGAGUGGUGAGAUAUAAAACGAGAUAGCAAUAGCAAAAGAGUAAAAGCGAGAGAGAGAGAGAGAGAGAGAAAGAAAGAAAGAGAGAGUGCGAGCGAGCGAGGUUAGGGGGGGUAGGGUCGGUAGAGAGAGAAACAGUUUUGUCAAGAGGAAGGGAGGCGGCAAGCUUCGCCAGUGGAACGAAGCGAGAACGACAGCAGCAGCGGAAGAGCGAAGAGAGAAGGAAAGGAUCUCCGUCAAAAUGUCGCUGAGAACGCCAACGCGGAUACAGUGAUAGGGCUUUCAUCGUAUAUCACUGCGGUUUGGCGUAGUAUCGGCUGUACAUGAAGAAAAUGGUGUCGACGCGUCAAUCUAGUAGCAUGGGUGCACACAACGGAGGAGGCACUGUUAACGACAUCAGGGAAGUUAGUCCGUUGAGAAAGCAUCAGGCUUCCCUCCCUGCGGGACCUUCCAGUGCAUCUCCUACAGUUACUCUUCCUCCGAUCUGCAACUUAAGCCUUUUUGAUUUACCGGUGGAAAUCAUUGAGAAGAUAUUUAGUUAUUUGAGCUAUAACACUGUAGCACACUUACGUCCAGUUUCCCAUCAAAUGGACCGUGUCUGCGGAAACAUUCUUAAUUCAGCAUUUCAAAAGCUGCAAGCACAAAUGUUGACCCGUUUUCAAUCGAUUAAAGCUCAAAUGCCUAGACGUGAAUCAGCACGUCGCAAUCAUCCAUUAGCAUGUGAAUCGGAUAUUGUAGAAACAUUACAUAUGCGACUUACUUUACUUCAAAUGUGUUUUGGUAAACACAUAGAGAGAAAACAUUGUUGCUUUUUUCCUGGAGAGAUUUUGGAUGAAGUUUUUCGUAUAUUACAUUAUAUAAAGGUUACUCCAAAAUUAGCACGACCUUACAAAGUCACAGAUGAAUUAUUUGACUUAAGUACUAUGGCCAUGGAAUAUUUUAAAGAACGUAUCGAGCCAAUGCUACCGGAAAUUCCAUACUUUGGAGCUGAUUUUCUGGAUUUAGCAGGGACAUUCCCUUCAGCUAGUAAUGUUAGUAAACCGUUUAUGUGCCUGGAUUCCGCACCUCUGAGUGUUGGAAGCAGUAAAGCAGGAAGUGGUAGCGGAGAAGAAGGUUCUCCUCCGCAUUCUUCCGAAGAUCCUGCUCUCUUAGAAACGAAUAUUUCACCUCCCCAAUCAAACAUGGUAUUACGGAAACGGAUUCGUAAAAUAAAACAAGGAAUGAAAAGAUACAACAGUCAAUUGACGUUGAUGCGCAGGGAUUUAAGGAGUUGUAAGGCAAAAAUAGCUGAGCAACAGAAACAAAUUGUUGAAUAUGCUACGCGUCUCGACGACAAUGACAAAAAGAACGAAGAGACAUCUCGCAAGUUUAGUACGCUCCUACAGGUAUUUACCCAGGAGUUAAAUAAAUGUAAGACGGAACUUCAAUAUUGGCGGUCUAAGUCACCUGCGAUAUCCGUUUGCGGUAAUUGUGGUCAAUCUAUGCCUGUACCGACUGAAGAUCUGCAAGCUUUAGUCAAUCAAGAGGUAAUGCCAGAGGCAUUUGGAGAAGGAUUGGAUUUCAUCCCAAUAGCAGAUGAACACAGUCCCACGGAAGUUGUACCAUCAGCAACGGUUACGCAAUCACCAUCGCCUGCGGUGCUCUCGGAACCUGCUGAAAUGGCACCUCCUAAAGAACCUAUUAUAACACCGGAUUCCUUAAAACGAAAAUCUAGUGUGGAUGAAAUACCGAGCGACGCUACGAAAAAACCACGUCGUACUGCCAAGUCUCGUCAGGCUAAACGCUCAAAGCUAUAAAUUGAUUCUGAUCAUGGUACAAAUAUCUAUUCUUAUAUCUCUGAUCGGUUUUCCAAGAAGAAGGUAUAUUUCAUUAUUAUUUUUCUUUAUUCUCUGUAUGACGAAUAAUCGCAUCAAUGGCAAGUUCUGUUACGAAGAUACACGGAGACACACACACCACACACACACACACACAGGCAGGUGUUGGAUGAUCUUAGAAAAGUACAAAAUUCUUUCCCGAUCGUCCCACGACGCGCGCUUCGCAUGCAACGAACCCCUCUUUUCGAAAUUUCUAUAGUUCAAUUAUAUUCUUUUUGAAUCCUUACUACGGAUGUAAGCGGGGGAAGAGGUUGUGUGAUGAUCGAUGCAGUUAGUUUAAAAUUUAUUUAUUCUAAAAAAACGGACGCUACAUGCUCUUGCAAUCACAACGUGUGAUACCUGCAUAUAUUCUAAAUGGUAGUACAUUAUUUCCGACAUUUCUCGUAACGCAAUGUCUAUCUCUCCAAUUUUCUUUCGAAGACUUCUUAGAGUAUUCUCUAUUAUAUCAUUAUCGCCACACACAUGAUAUAUCCGAGGAUUACGGAAGGCAUUGGACAUUUUGUUUGUCGGCUCUAAGAAUUAUUUGUUUAUUUUCUUAAUUCUUGACAUUGUUCACGUAAUUUUUUAACAAUCCACAAAUAAAACAACGUUACUCCUUGAUUGAUUAAAGCCUGUAAAUCUUCCGUUGGUACGGGCAUAGAUUGUUAAACAUUGUUGGAAUUGUAGAAUUUCGAAAGAUCAACAAACGAGAUUUACCUUCUGUUUUCCUUGGACAAGUAACGAGCGGGCACCAAGUUCGUAUCUUGUUUUUAACGUGAUAUAAUAAUAUAAUUAUAAUAAUAAAUAAUAUGUUUUUCCGUAGUCUAUAAACUAAACACUUCAUCCCAAUAUUUUUCGUGAAAAUCGUCAUUUAAAAAAAAAAAAUAUUCUAACUGACGUGAUGGGAUGGUGUUUGGUAUUGAAAUUGUAUAAAAUGAAAGAAGAAGAAGAAAAAAAAGGAAAGGAAGAGAAUGCUUGUAUAAAAUGAUUGUUAACAACACUUAGUUGUAAUUCUGGAAUAGAAAUUUCACGUUGUGCAUGGCUAUCGAGAUAUCGCCAGUGGUUAACAGUAUAUAUCUAUAUAUUAAUAUAAUUAAAUUAUAGUCUUUUUCUUGCGCAACAAAAAAUAUGGUGAAUAUCAUCGAGUUUGUAGGAUUUUUAUACGAAGUAAAAUAAUAAAAGAGUGAGAGGAGGAAGAGGGAGAGAAAGAGAGAGAGAGAGA